UUUUGCGCCGUUUAGAGCUGUCCCAAACAGGCUGGAGAAAGUUUAUGAACUCCGCCGCCACCUCCACAGCUGGCGCUGCGAGCGGUGCGUCCUGCGGCCGCGGAGAAAUGGCGGAGCGAGACCGGGUCUUGGAGAGAGAGCGAAGGCAGAUGGAGCAGAUCCUAGAGCUGGAUAUGGAGGAGCUCCAGGUAGAGGAGGUCGACGACGACGGCUCAUCCUCCUCCUCCGACGUCGACACCUUCCUUAGAAAUACUCAUGGAGAUGGAGGGAUUAACACUUAUGAGGAGCUUUCAAUCGAUACAUCUACUGUUUCCUUGCAGGAUCACACCUAUCUUGGGGCAAAGGUUGAUGGUGCCCGAGGCAAAUUUGCUUUCCUGCAUGGAGACAGAGUCCUCAAUCUGCCAAUGUUUUAUCUCCAAGGAGUUGUUUUGUUUCCUGAAGCUUCCCUACAUCUUCGAGUAUUCCAGCCUAGAUUAGUGGAAGCUAUUGACAAGGCUAUUAAUCAUGUUGAUGCUCCAUGCAUGAUAGGUGUGGUUUAUGUUUAUCGACACACAAAUGAUGGACAUUAUACUAUUGCUUCUGUCGGGACAAUGGCAGAGAUACUGAAAAUUCAACAGCUGUAUGAUGGUUCAUCAUGUAUUUUCUCCCAUGGUCAGCAGCGGUUUCGUCUUUUGCGCCAUUGGUUGGAUGUCGACGGAGUACCAUGGGGUGAAGUCCAAAUUAUUGAAGAAGAUACACCUCAAAGAACUCCAAGAGAUGCUUUUGCACAAUUAGCUGCACCUAACAGUUUCAGGCAAUGUGCUUCAUCGAUAAUGCCCAGUUUGCAUGUGUAUUGUUCUACACAACUUGAUCAUGUGGAUUCUGAUAUGGACAGGGAUUCACUAUCACCCACUAGCACUUCAAGCGAUCACUCAAUAACAGAUAAAAGAAUAUACCUUUUAGGUUCCCGCUCCAGUGGUUUGGUAAGGUGUGGUAUUGCGGAUGAAUCCUCAAAUGAAGGCCAAAAUUCUGUACAUGAACAGUCUUGUCAGAGCCAUGACUCUGUUAAAGAAAUUGAUGGGUAUGGUCAGCCAGAUAAGAAUACAAACACAGGAGAUGAGGAUAAUCUUUGUUUCAUAUCCUCCAAAUCAUUUCAGAGAACAAGAAAGAAAGAUACCAAACAGCAGAAACACUACUUCACAACGAAAAAUGCUUCACAGGCUCCAUUGUCAUUUUGGCCUCACUGGGCUUAUGAGAUGUAUGAUUCGUAUUCACUUUCCAGGAGAGCUGCAGAUUUGUGGAGACAAGUAAUUUUAAACCCAAGCAUGGAUGAUCAUGUGAGAAAACCAAAUUAUUUGUCAUAUUGCAUUGGAAGCAAACUUCCUAUCUCAGAAUCUCUGAGGCAAGAAUUGCUUGAGAUUGAUGGAAUUGAUGGAGUCUCAUAUCGACUACAGCGGGAGAUUCAGCUGCUCAAAGCCUUCAAUAUCAUACGAUGUAGAAAUUGCCUGAUCCGUAUUGCAAGACGAAGUGACAUGGUGGUGACGUCCAGUGACAGCCCUAUGUCUUUGCACAGCAGGCCUCACGGUUUUGUGAAAGAGAUUAUUACAGUAUACAAUGCCACUGGCCUUGCACUGCGUGGCGACCCUUCCAAAACUCACAGCUGGUUUCCAGAAUACACAUGGACGAUCGCGUUGUGCAAUGCCUGCCAGUCCAAUAUAGGCUGGCUGUUCAGAGUCGAUGACAAGAACCUGCAUCCGAGAUCCUUCUGGGCGAUACGCAGUUCCCAAAUUUCAGACGAUACACAGUCAAGAGAUAGAACUGAUCAGACCAUCCAUGUAUAAGCUGCGUGACCAUUUGUUGAAAUUCCAACAAUCCAUUAACAUCUGCCUUCCAUUAUUCUCUGCGAGAUUCAAUUUGGCUGCAUGGUGUCCCCAAGUGGCUAAGGUUUCUAGUAAAAUGAAACUGAAAACAAAGAUACUGAGAUCAUAAGCUUAACCCGCCACAUGGGCACCUACGUUACCUGAAACCUUCCUUUGUGGGGUACAAUCAGGCCUUUCUCAAUAUGCUCCGGGUGUAUUCAGCACGACAGAUUUAUCUAAGGGCUAGUUUGAGAGUCCAAAAACCGGAGAGGAUUGGAGGGGCUAAAAUCAACUUUAUUUUAGCCCCUUUAAUCUCCUCUGUUUUUGUGACUUCCAAAUUAGCCCUAAAAGCUACUAUCUGUCUGGAUAUCUCCAAAGCUACCAGUUCAGCAAGGCCCUUACCAGGGUGCAAGACAGACAGAUGGACCUUCAGACUGCAAUGCUCGUACUUCUGGCAAGUUUCCCCCACUGUUGGUAUAUACACAACUGGAAGCAGACAUUGUCAAUCAGGAGCUUGACUCAUUAUUUAUCUCCUGGAAAACAAAUGCAUCGUUCAAUCAACAAGAUAAAAGCACUCCCAACUGAAAUAAUAACCUGGCUAGCAAUUGACUCUGUGAAUCCAAAUUUUCUCUUGGAGAAGUCGAUUAGCGUAGUGCAGCGCAGCGCUACAAGCCUACAAAGGGACCUUGAACUGCCGAACAUUCUGCAACGUCCUGUUCUUUGGUACAAGAUGCACAAGCUUCACUGAAAUCACGAACUGCUAAGGCAGGUGUUAGAUUUAGACGUGUUUAGUUUAUAGAGACUAAUUUUUAGUCCCUUCAUUUUAUUCCAUUGGCGUCUAGAACGGAUUGGUUAUACCCGUUGGGGUACCGGAUAUGAGUAGUGCAAAUACCCGUUUUUUUGGA